AUGAACGGCGGUCCACCAAUGACUACGACUGCCGACGCAAAGGUUGAGCCUGCGCCUGAAUGGUCGUAUCAAAAUGACACUAUUACCGGAAUUGGGGAGAAGCUCAAAACAGAGACUUCCUUGGGGCAUCCAGCAGCUCCCACAAUGCUCCCCCACAGAAGGGCAAAACGGAAGGUUGAUGGGCCUCUGGAGUUGUUUUGCGGAUUCAUUACAGAGCAUCAGAUUGGACUCGCUGUCAAUCUGUUGAUGUUGUUGACUUUGACACAUCUCUGCUUCCCCCGAGCUCGAAGGCACACCCGCAAAUUCUUCGAACUCUCCUAUCUCAACUCGGAAUCUGGCGAAUACUGCGCCGGGUGGAACGAUGCUUGGAUGGUCUUCUUUUGGAUCACUGUGUUCACCGGUCUUCGCGCCGCUGUCAUUGAUUAUAUCUUAAUGCCCUUUGCCAAGAAGGGUGGGGUCAAGACGGCAAGGGACCAGACGAGAUUUGCUGAGCAGGCUUGGCUUCUGGUAUAUUACACGGUUUUCUGGCCGCUAGGAAUGUAUAUCCUGGUUACAUCUGAUUACUGGCUCAACCUGAAGCACCUUUGGACUAAUUGGCCGAACCGGGAAAUGGAAGGCCUAUCAAAAUGGUACAUUCUCGUACAAUAUGCUUUUUGGCUUCAGCAGAUCAUGGUUAUCAACAUUGAGGAGCGGAGAAAGGACCAUUGGCAGAUGUUCGCGCACCACAUUGUGACGACUGGGUUGAUAUUCACAAGUUACGGAUACCACCAAACGAAAGUGGCCAAUCUCAUCCUGUGCAUUAUGGAUGUUGUAGAUAUUUUUCUUGCGGUCGCAAAAUGCUUCAAGUACAUGAACUUUACCUGGAUAUGCGACGUCUUAUUUGGUGUCUUCAUGCUGUCCUGGGUAGCUUGCCGACACGCGGCAUACCUUAUGAUAUGCUACUCGGUCUGGGCCGACAUUCCAGAAACCAUUUCCUACGGCUGCUACCGCGGCAAGAAGGGCGCUAUAAAAGGACCCUUUCAACCACCUGACAGGUUCGGGCAUCUCUUCGAGCCAUUCCAGGAUCCUGAGGGCAUCGUAUGCUGGAACGACAAUAUCAAAUGGGGAUUCUUGAGCGCGCUUCUUUUCCUCCAAGGCAUCACUGUCUUGUGGUUUGCCUUGAUCGUGCGAGUUGCGAUCCGGGUAUUGCAAGGAGGUGAUGCAGAUGAUGUCAGAAGCGACGAUGGAGGGGACGAAGAUCUCGAAUAUGAGGACGAUGAAAUCUAUCCAUUCCAGGCAGUGGAAGAAGCAGUGCUACUUCCUUACGAAGAAGAAGUUGGCGUGGAAUCCAUCAACCUCAAGGGACGUACAUCCAACGCUUCCCGGUAUAAGAAGAGCCCCAGCAAUUCUAGUGGCGUCAGUUUACCUGGACACAGCGACAGGAAGGAGUUAUUGGGCCGUAUUGGUUGCGAUAAGCCCGUUUGA